AUGGACGCCGUGGACUUGGCGGCGCUCCGUAAACAGAUCGCCGCGUCCAAGCAGCCGCGUCGCAACCAAGACGAGGACGAGAGCAACAACAACAACGACGACAGUAGCGACCAUAGCCACGACGAACGGCUUCCGUUUGCACUCACGUCCGUGGGUGCGACAGCGCGGACCGAGCCGCGUCGGCGGCACUAUGGCGACGCCUUGCCGUGGGCCGAGGUUACGGCGGACGCCGUCACAACGGUCGCGUCGGCCCUUGCGACCAUGUAUCAAAGCGUGCUCGAGAGCCACGAAGAGUAUGCAUUGUACCUCGAGACCCAGCCGUUUGACGUCGAGCUGCCGGCCAACUUGUUGCCGUAUACGAGCGCGCACCAUGAGAGGGUGCGCGGGUUUCUCCAAGACGCAGUCGCCCGCUGCAAGUCCGAUUUCGAGUUGCGCUUCACGGACGUCUGCGCGUCGCUUCAAGAGGCGUUCAACAGGCAGGCCUCGCACGUCGAUCGCGAGGUCCGGCACCAGCGCGAUCGGACGACGUCGUCGCUCAAGCGCAGCCGCGUGGCGAUCCAGAAGCAAGUCGAUCACUUUACCAACCUCGAAGCGUGCUUGCGCCGCCACGAAAUGCACCAGCUCCAAGCGCUCCACCAAGAAAAGAUGGCCAUCGCCCAGACCGAGUGGGACGAAAAGGAGAAACGGUACGACGAGAAGGAACCGCGACAUGCUCGUGCAGCAAAAUGCGCGAUUGCCGGCAUCGAACGCACCAACAAAAUGCUGACGCAGAUGGUCGACGACGCCCACGCCGAAGUCAACCGACUCAAGAACCUCAUGCACAACCUCGACGUCCGCAAGACGACGUCCAACGUCAUUUCCGAGGCUUACGUGGACGCCCUUCGAGACUCGGCGCGCCGAGCCAACGAAGCCGCCGAGGCCAUGCGCUUGGACAUGGAAAAAGUGCAACGCGACGCCGACGCUAUCGCUGCGACCAACACACACCUUCAGGCGCUGGUGGCAGACCGCGACGCAGAGCUGCAGAAAGUCCGAGCGCUUCUGACCGAGUCGAGCCACGAGAUCAUGACAUUGCACAACAUCAACGAGGUGAUCGCCGACGAUCUGCGGGAAGCCAAAGUCAAAAUCCAAGACUUGGGCGUCGAGCUCGAUGCGAUCAAGGUCGACUUGAGCGCCCAGACGGAGCUGGUGACGGCAGGCGACGCCUACGUGGCGCAGCUCACGGCGCGUGUGGCCCACCUCAUUGAUCAAUUAAACGCUCUGCUCACCGAGCACGACAGCGCGCGGGCCGCGUGGGUUGCCGAGAAGGACGAGCUCGCGCAGGCAGCAGCGACGUUGCAAGCCCAGCUUGCCGCGAUGCCGGAGCCCGACCCGGCCGAAAAAGCUCUCCAAAGCAUCUACAAGUCAGCGGGUAAGCCGUUGCACUUGAGCACCGUCGCGGCGGUGUCGCGCAGUGUGCAGCGACUCAAGUCGCCAAUCAAAAAGAGCCACCAGUACCGAGGAAAGCCCGAGUACGAGUCGGUGGCCCGUGUGCUCGAACAAGAGAAAUUCGAGGUUCCUCACGAGCGCGUCGAGCGGGCGAUCUUGCUCGAGGCGACGCUGCGGGAGGCCAUAACGUGCCAGCUCACGUACGAGUUCAAGCGCGCGUUCUCGGUGCAGCUCCGGAAACGACUGCAGCUCGAACGGUACAUUCUCGACCAGAAAGUGGAUGUUGUAUUCAACAAGUACCUCACCGACGAGCGCGUGGCCCAAAAGAAAAGAGCGGUGGCAACAAUCUCUUGUGCCGGAAAAAAUCCAAGAAAAACAUCGUCGACGCCGCCGUGCCCAUCCGCCGCGUCAAGGACUUUAUUAGCCAGAGCUACGAGGCCAUGGGCGUCGCCGAGUGGAACGGCGAGGACAUUUCGCAGCUUAAAGACGACAUCAAGCAGCUCCAGGGGGUGAUUGCGGACCUUCAAACCGACGCGGCGCGCCAGGUGGCACAUAUCCAAGCGCAGCAACGGAGCCUCGCCGAGGCCGACCUCUUCCAGAAAGAGCGCGACCUGCUCAUCGUGGGCUUGACCGAGAAGCUCCGCGUGCUGCGCGCCGAGGCCGACGCACUCAAAGUGCAGCUCGCUCGCUUUGAGCUUCAGCCGACCGCGCACCCUUCGCUCUUCAGUGAUGCGGGCACGAAGCCGCUCGAUGUCCGAGGACAACUACCCACGUGGACUGCCGGCCGACGUCGAGAACGAUACCAAACGCCACAACGUCGACGCGACCCAUGUCGGCCGUGCCAACACCAACCAAAGCAAAGAUGCCUUCGGGAAAACGCCGGCCCAUGACAUCACGGAGCCAUGGAGUUAAUGCGGCGCCCGAGCACGCGCGGAGCAUCUUGAAGCGCGACCUGCUCAUGCCGCGCGCGAGUUCGAAUCUCCUAACGACACCCGAAGAGACGCCGCAGGCGGGUGGCACAUUCGUGGCCAGUCUCUGGGUCGGCGAGGCCGGGAUGCAGCAUAUUCUGGACCGACGACGUCGGCGAAAGGCGUGACGACACGUUUGUCGAGUGCUCCGGAGAAUGAAAGGUACUUGCUGCAGUACUGCCUGGGUCGAACGCAACGUUAAACGUUUUAAUCUCGUGCCAAUCCAUCUUGCCAACGA